AAAAUUUACAACCGUUGUGUUGGUCGCAGUGUGGAACAGAGAUCAAAUGCUUAACGUUGACAAAAACUCUACCAGACACAAAUCAACCUGCUUUGGAUGUGCUAUGGAUUGCCUAUGCAAUGGAAAAAUAGCAUUCAGAAACAUAUGGUGCGCAUUUAUGCCAGACAUUGUGGUAAACCGCUGAUUGCAGCGUCAAGAGGAUCUGAGAUCGUGAGAACGACAACAACAACAACAACAACAACAAAAGAGGGAUGAAGAGAUCACAGUCUCCUAUACCGUCCUGUCAGUCUGUGAAGAGUGCUGGUUCAAUGGACCGACCAAUCGACCUCCGCCAGGAGCCAUGUACAGGAGAUCAAAGAGAUGAACAGAAGAGAUCAGAGUCUCCUGUACCAUCCUGUCAGUCUGUGAACAGUGCUGGUUCAAUGGACCGACCAAUCGACCUCCGCCAGGAGCCAUGUACAGGAGAUCAAAGGGAUGAACAAAUGAGAUCAGGGACUCCUGUACCAUCCUGUCAGUCUGUGAAGAGUGCUGGUUCAAUGGACCGACCAAUCGACCUCCGCCAGGAGCCAUGUACAGGAGAUCAAAGAUACCACAGUUACAGUGGACAUGGAGAUGUGGACUGUGAUUUCUGCACUGGGGUGAAGCUGAGAGCUGUGAAGUCCUGUCUGACCUGCCCUGCCUCCCUCUGUGAGAACCAUGUCAGGCUUCACUACACAAUACCAGCACUGCAGAGACACACACUGGUGGAGGUGACUGGAGACCUGGAGCAGAGACUGUGUCAGCAGCACCACAGAGUUCUGGAGGUGUUCUGUAAAACUGACCAGACACACAUCUGUAAAGUUUGUGCAGUGGAGGAACACAGAAAUCACAAUAAACUCUGCACAGAGAUCUCUGGUGUUCCAGAUGCUCAAGAUCUUCUCCAGCGCACAGUAGAGAAUAUGAAAAGAAAAGACCUAAGAUCCUUUCGGAAACAGCUGAGUGAGGAUUGCCCAGAGUACUUGGGGAGUCAGAUGGAGGAUUUUGAUGUGUCUGGUAUUGUUGAGAAGUUGCUGGAAUGUUUUGGAGGAGAGGGAGCUUUAAGGAUCGUUCUUCAUUUCCUGGAUGUUGCUAACUCUCUAAGGGCAGUCACAGAAGCUAAUAAAGUCAACCUGAAAGGUAAAUAUCAACAUGUAUCAGAGGGACUUUCACCACAAGGAAAACUGGCCUUUUUGAGUCAUAUCUACACAGACAUCAACAUCAUAGAGUGUAGAAGUGGAAAAGUCAAUAAUGAACAUGAGGUCAUACAGAUUGAAAUGACAUCCAAGAGUCAAAUCACUCAAGACUCUCCAAUCAACUGCAAUGACAUAUUCAAAACAGUUCCUGGACAAAUUAAACAAAUAAGAACAGUUCUAACGAAGGGAAUAGCUGGAAUUGGAAAGACUGUCUCUGUGCAUAACUUCAUAAUUGACUGGGCUAAAGGAAAAGCCAAUCAAGACAUCACAGUCAUAGUCUCUCUACCUUUCAUUGAUCUUAAUCUGAAGAAAGAGAACUACAGUCUCAUCCAGCUACUUCAUCACUAUGCUCCAGAACUGAAAGAAAUAAAAGACAUUGAAGAUAAAAAACUGAAAUUGCUCUUGAUUUUUGAUGGUCUGGAUGAGUAUCGAUUUCCUCUAGAUUUCCAGAAGAGUGAGCUCAUCUGUGAUGUGACAAAAUCAGCCUCAGUAGAUGUGCUGUUGACAAACCUCAUCAAGGGGAAUCUGCUUCCAGCUACUCUCCUGUGGAUAACUUCCAGACCAGCAGCAGCCAAUCAGAUCCCUCCUCAGUAUAUCCACAAAGUCACAGAGAUCUGUGGGUUCAAUGACUGUCAGAAGGAGGAGUACUUCAGGAAGAGAAUCAGUGAUCAGAGCCUGGCCAACAGAAUCAUCACACACAUCAAGUCAUCAAGGAGCCUCUACAUCAUGUGUUACAUACCAGUCUUCUGUUGGCUUUCAGCCACUGUUCUUGAGCAUAAGAUGAGUUAUGCUGGCACAAGUGAAAUCCCCAAAACACUGACUGAGAUGUACACACACUUCCUGCUCCUUCAGAUCAGUUUGAACAGUAAGAAGUACCAUGGAGUCGAAGUGGAAAACCCAAAGAAGCUGUCUCAGUCAGACAAAGAGAUGAUUCUGAAACUGGCAGAACUGGCUUUCCAACAGCUGGAGAAGGGUAAUUUGAUGUUCUAUGAAGAGGACCUGAAAGAGUGUGGCAUUCAUGUGAGUGAAGCUUCAGAGUACUCUUCAGUGUGCACAGAGAUCUUUAGAGAGGAGUUGGAAUUGUACAGGGAAAAGGUUUUCUGCUUUGUACAUCUGAGCAUUCAAGAGCAUCUUGCUGCAGUAUAUGCACAUGUUACAUGUGUGAAUGAGAGCAGAAAUGUUCUCUUGGCAAACAGAGAUGAAGAAGACAGAUUUACACUGUUAGACCUACACCAAAGAGCAGUGGACAAAGCCCUGCAGAGUAAGAAUGGACAACUAGACCUCUUCUUGCGAUUCCUUCUUGGCCUCUCUCUGGACUCCAACCAGAGGCUUCUACAAGUCUUCAUGACAAGAGACAGCUCAGGAAAAUCAGAUCACAGUUCAAUCGUAUCAUACAUCAAAGAGAAGAUCAAGAGAGAGCCAUCACCGGACAUGGUCAUGAAUCUGUUCCAAUGUUUGAACGAGCUGAAUGAAAACUCACUUGCAGAAGAAAUCCAGACUACCUUCCGAUCAGGAACUGUCUUAGUUAAAGAACUAGAACCAUACCAAUGUUCGGCUCUGGCCUAUAUGUUCCUAAUGUCAGAGGAGAUGCUGGACGAGUUUGACCUGAAGAUGUACAAGACAUCAGCAUCAGGUCGGCAGAGGUUACUCCCAGUGUUGAGGACCUGCAGGAAGGCCAGAUUAGAUCAUUGUCACCUCACGUCUGAAUCCUGCGUAACUGUGGCUUCAGCUCUCCAGUCAAUUAACUCACCUCUGAAAGAGCUGGAUCUCAGCCACAAUACCCUAACAGACUCGGGAGUGAAGCUGCUCUGUGCUGCAUUGAUGAGUCCCAGCUGUCAACUCCAGAAACUGAACCUCAGAGAGUGCACUCUCACAGCGAGCUGUUGUGAGGAUCUAGCUUCUGUCCUGAGGUCUCCUCCAUCUAACCUGAGAGAGCUGGAACUGAGAGACAAUGACCUGCAAGAUUCAGGAGUGAAAGCACUCUCUGAUGGACUUAAGGAUCCACAAUGUAAACUAAAUAUACUGGGGCUGUCAGGCUGUCUAAUCACAGAGGAAGGCUGUGCUUCUCUGGCCUCAGCUCUGAGAUCAAACCCCUCACACCUGAGAGAACUGGAUCUGAGCUACAAUCACCCAGGAGACACAGGAGUGAAACUGCUCUCUGCUUUACUGGAGGAUCCACACUGUAAACUGGAGAAACUGGAACUGGGCCAUGGUGGAGACUACAGGAUGAAACCUGGGCUGAAAAAAUAUGCUUGUCAGCUCACACUGGACCAGAACACAGCACACAGACGCCUCUUUCUGUCUAAUGAGAACAGGACAGCGGAAGGGACUCUAGAGAAUCACCAAUAUCCUGAUCAUCCUGACAGAUUUCAGAACUAUCUCCAAGUUCUGUCUAAAGAGUCUCUGACUGAUCGCUGUUACUGGGAAGUGGAGUGGCAUGGAGUCAGAGUGUUUUUAGGAGUUACAGAUAACAAUAUCAACAGGAGUACAGGUCUUAUAGGAGGGCAUGACAGAUCCUUAAGUCUGGUCUGCCUGGAAUCUCUGGCUGGAUUCUGUUUUUGUCAAAAUGGUGAAAUAACUCUCUCCCCCUCCCUCUCUGCCUCUUGCCAGUGUACCAGAGUAGGAAUUUAUCUAGACUGGGUUGCGGGGACUGUGACCUUCUACAACAUUGUCAAUGACACACCGAUCAUCCUUCGGACAUUCCAUACCACAUUCACCGAGCCCCUGUAUGCAGGGUUUGAGGUUUCAACUGGUUCCACUGUGACUUUGUGUCAGAUGGACUAGAACCUCAGAGUGGAAUCAGUACAUUGUACACCUGUAUGACUUAAUUAUUUCAGUGGAUAUUUAUUUAUUUUUAGUUUGUUUCCCACUGGGACUUUGUGUAUAUAUGCCCCUGCAUUUUCCUGUGUGCACUUAUGAAAUCUUUCUUAUUGUGCUGAAAAGUG